UGGGUGAGCGCGGCGGCGAAUUUCGAAUGUGGUGGCGUUAGCAGGCGGGCGACUGGGGACGGGGCCUAGACCUGGAGGGGCCGAAGCACAGGCUACGCCGGCCAGACAGCUUCGCGAAACCUUGGAAUGUAAGAAGGAGGGCGACAGCUGCGGCAGAAGUGGUGGCCAAGGUACUGUUUCGGACGUACCUGUGGGAGGAAGAUCUCCCGGCCCUCUUCCGGCAACACCCCCCGCCCCCGACUUUCCCCGAGCCCCUCCGUGAAAGAGAAAGCCGCGGGGUUUCCAGGCAGAAGAUGGCCAAGGAAAGGUGCCUUAAAAAGUCCUUUCAAGAUAGUCUUGAAGACAUAAAGAAACGAAUGAAAGAGAAAAGGAGUAAAAAUUUGGCAGAGAUCGGCAAACGAAAGUCUUUCAUAGCUGCUCCAUGCCAAAUAAUCACCAACACUUCUACACUGUUAAAAAACUACCAAGACAACAACAGAAUGUUAGCUUUAGCUUUGGAAAAUGAAAAAUCCAAAGUGAGAGAAGCCCAAGAUAUCAUCUUACAACUGAGAAAAGAAUGUUACUACCUCACAUGUCAGCUACAUUCAUUGAAAGAAAAACUGGCUUCACAACAAACCAGAGAAACUACUCAGAACCAAGAAGUAUGUCCCUCUGGAAUGGCCAGCAGUAGUGACAACUCCGGGGAUUUAUUUGUGAAGGAUUUACCACAAGUUCCUCUUCAGGAAGCUCACCUUCCAGGACAAGGAGAAUCAUUCCAAAUAGAAGAGCAAAUACCUAUUUCUCAAGACAGACUGGGAUUUGGUUUGAAUUCAGAUGAUGAUAAAUCUACUGAUAAUGUCUUACCUAGAACUGUAUCUGUCCGUCGCAGUUUAAAGAAACAUUUUAAUAAUCUGUGUCAGUUCAAUACCUUGGAUGAUUUUGAAAUCAGUCAUUUCUCAGAGCAGUCCUUUGAAUUGGAAAGAAUUAGAUGUGUAGACCCAGUAGUAAAUAUGCACUUACCUGAAAACGUGGAACAAAAUGUUUGUCAAUGGAAUAAUGAUCAAAUUAACUUAUCACCAAAGCUGAUUGACCCAGAAAGAUCCACUAAAACAAAAGAAGACAUCUUAGAGUAUAAACCUGAACAAACUAAAAAUAAGCGCAGAGGUGCACAAGGAAGAAAAGGAGAAGAGAAAAGAAAAGGUAACAGAAGGAAAAAAUCAAAACCUGUAUCAAAGUAUAAAGCGAGCAAAAGUGAAAAUAAAAAAACUGUCUCUAAAGAAAAGUUGGAUGAAUCUGUCACUUCCAGUGAUACCUACAAUUUUAAUUUGGAAGAGGGAAUUCAUCUCACUCCUUUCCGACAAAAAAUUAACAAUGAUUCUAACAGAGGAGAAAACACCAAUGAACCUGAAGUGAGCGUCUGUGAAUCAAGUGAUUCAGGAGAUGACUCUGAUGACCUCUAUUUGCCCACUUGCAAGUACAGUCAAGGUCUCUCCAGUGAACCAGCUGGGAGCCCAGUCAGCAGGCCGAGACCUAAAAGAGCGCUAAAACACAGGGCUGAAAAAGAGAUAGAGGGCACUAAGCUUAUAACAACUCCUAUCAGUGCACUACCUAAAACUCACCGCUCACCUCAUUUUAGCCUGAAGGAUAUCACCAAUGCUCCCUUGUAUCCUGUAUUGAAAGUCAGAAAACUUUCUCUUUCUCCAAAAAAGAAUAAAGAAAGCCCAGCAGUGUCUCUACCAAAGCGUAGGUGCACAGUCAGUAUGAACUAUAAGGAACCCACACUCAUUUCGAAACUGAGAAGAGGAGACCCUUUUACAGAUUUGUGUUUCUUGAACUCUCCUAUUUUCAAACAGAAAAAGGAUCCCAGACGCAGCUCUAAAAAAAGUAUGAAGCAAAUACAGUGAAGUGUUUUCUGGAUGCUGUUUAAAUUCAUCCUACUACACCUCCUAUCUCUCCAAGAGAGAAUCUGUAAGAUAGUCUACAAAAGGGUUGAACUAUUGCCAUGGAAUAUUCUUUGACUGAACCCUAGAUCAUGAAAAUGUCUUCAAAACUAUACUUCAAAUGUGAUGCUUUUUUCUCAUACCACUAAUAAAUUUGGUUUAUUUUUUCUUUUAAAUAAAAAUAACCGGACAUAAGCCCAAUUUCUUAAACUGCCUAAAACUUUUAAUUUUACUCAAAAUGUAUCUUCUGCGAAAGUAAAAUGUGAGAUAAUGAACUGAUGGUUGCUUAGGUUCUGGGACUAGGCAAGUGACUAGCUCUAAAUACCAGGCUAUCUAGGUGUAUACUGUUCAGUGACCCGUUAGCGAAUUAUUAUGUUUGGACUUUCAGGAUAGUUCCUUAGUCGUUACCAUAGUAGGGUCAGUGCAGAUAUAGAACAUUUCCAUCACUAUAGAAAGUGAUUGCACUAUUGGGCAAUUUGAAGUUUGGUGUUUUUAUACUUUUAAUAUUUCUGUAUUCUUACUGUUUAUCCCUAGACUGUUAAGAAUCGUUUUGUAUGUUAACAUUUUACAUGAAUGUUAUAUUGUACGUACCUUUUUGCAACUGACUUUUACUUAACUCACCAAUGUUUUUGAGAUUUAUCCAUGUUGGCAGAUGUAGAUUAUUUUCAUCGUACAGUUAUAUAAAUAAACUAGACUUACUAUUUUGAGAGAUAA